CUGACGAUAACGUAUCAAUCUGUAGAACAUGUUGCGAACAAUCGUCUUGUGUGCGCUGAUCGCUUUUGUGAAGGCGCAGACUACUUCCGUCGAUAAAUGUGUUAUCAAUGAAGGUGACCUCCCCAUCAACCAGCAUGUGGAAGGCUGCAGCACGCCCCCCUGUCUUCUGCCUCAGCUACAGGACGUUGUUAUCAACGUUGUUUUCAGAGCGCCUCGCACUUCCAGAAGUAUGAGGACCCUCGCAACAGCCAGCGUGAACUUCGGUAUCACCAUUGAAAUUGAAUACGAUCUAGGAGCCAAUGCAGUCACUUGCAACUUUCUGACGAACACCUACUGUCCGGUACUAAAGGACGAAGUGAUUCAGUAUACAUUGAAAAUGUACAUCGAACCAUUGUUCAUGGUGGGCACAGCUGCGACAGUUGAGUUUCGGGUUGUGGACGAAACCAAUGAACCGUUGUGGUGUCUUCGAAUACCAAUCAGGAUCGUGCCCGCUGUCACCAAUCCCGUGAAUGAAAUCGAACAAAACACAACACGCUUGACACCUUAAACUAAAGUGUCGAAAUUAAUUUGUAGU